GAGCGAGGCAGAGAAUUAGUAUUCCGAGCACAGGGCGGGAAGCUGAGAGCGAGCAUCCAGCAAGGAAGGAGGAGGAGGAGGAGGAGAAGGAGGUGGUGGGUUCGGAAUAUUAGAGCGAACAGGAGGGCUGCCAUCAUUUGCUCCAUUUCUCUCCGGCCUCGUCAGCUCAUCCUGGCGCGUGCGCGCGUGCGUGCGUGGAAGAGAAAGAAAGAAAGAGGUGGGAGAAAAACAAACGCUGGGACCGCUUGCUUUUUUCCGCUGUCCCCCCACCCCCCAUCCCCUCCAAUUGUGUUUUUACCUGACGUGACGGCAGCAAGCGACGAGAUUCGUGCACGUUCCACGGUGAUGUCAGGCAGCUUGGAGAGUUCUGUUCUUCCAGGAAGUCUGUGCUGAUUGGCUGAUUGGUUUCAGCCACAGGAAAAUAAAGCGAGCUGCUUUAGCAACGUGACAAAAUGCCAAAGACUAAGUGACUCAGUGGGAUCAGUCACUCCUUCAUGGGCCCAUCAUCAUUCCGGUCCGUGUGAUUCCGGCCCCGACGUUAACGGGCUGAGCCUUAUCUCACGGGUGGCGGGUUGAGGCGCUGCGCUGUGACUGGCCGAGUGCGGGCGAGAGUGCGAUGCAGAUUGGAGGAUGUCGGGCGACUGGGAUGAAGACUUGUGCAAGAAGGCGCUGAUGCUGGUGGAGGAGCUGUGCUUCAACUCGCCUCGUGGACACAGCCAGAGCGAACUGUGCCAGGAGUUCAGCUACCUGCUUAGGGGACGCAACAGACAGCUGGACGCAGAGAUCUCUGUGAGCCUGCUGUCGGUGAUCGUGACGUUCUGCGGCAUCGUUCUGCUGUCAGUGUCGCUCUUCGUGUCGUGGAAGCUAUGCUGGCUGCCGUGGCGGGACAAGGAGGGCGGCGGUCUGAGCCUGACAUCGGGGCUGUUGCCCGGGAGCGCCGGCGUGGGCGGCAUGCCCGGCUCCUCCUUUCUGCCGCCGCUGCUGCAGCGCAAGGAGGGCCAGUCGUCGUCGUCGCUCUACCCCUCGCUCGGCCAGCAGGGGCAGCACCACCCGCACUUCUCCGACCUGGUGGGGCUGGAGAGGGGCGAUGGCGGCGGCGGCCUGGUGGGCGGCCCGCAUGAGACCCAGGAGCACUCCUACCUGGACAUGGACUCCUAUCCCAAUAAUGCUGGAACGCUCAAGCUGAGCCAAACGUCUCCGGACGUGCCCAACUCAGAGGGCGGCACCCACCCCCACAAAGAUCUGCCCAAUGCCGUCUCCCAGCAGCAGGUCACCGCACGUCCCAAGCCAAUGACUCACCAGCUGUCCAGUCCCGACUUCCACGGCGAGGAAAAGGAGCAGGUGACCAGCAUCGGUCAGAUCAAACCCGAGCUCUAUCGCCCCAAAGGUGACCAGGGUGACGGCAAGCAGGGCGAAGCCUGCGGCAAGAUCAGCUUCUUACUGCGCUACGCCUUCAACACGGAACAGCUAGUGGUGAAGAUCCUCAAGGCAUUGGAUUUGCCCGCCAAGGAUGCCAACGGUUUUUCCGACCCUUACGUCAAGAUCUACCUGCUGCCCGACCGCAAGAAGAAGUUCCAAACUAAGGUGCACAGAAAGACGCUGAACCCCGUGUUCAAUGAGACGUUCCAGUUCGGCGUGCCUCUGAACGAGCUCCACUCCCGCAAGCUUCACUUCUCCGUCUACGACUUUGACCGCUUCUCCCGCCACGACCUGAUUGGGCAGGUGGUUGUGGACAACCUGCUGGACUUCAGCGAGGGCAGCGGAGACAAACCAGUGUGGAGGGACAUCGUGGAAGGCACCGCGGAGAAGGCCGACCUCGGGGAGCUCAACUUCUCGCUGUGCUACCUGCCCACAGCCGGCAGACUCACGGCCACAGUCAUCAAGGCCACCAACCUGAAGGCCAUGGACCUAACUGGUUUCUCAGACCCUUACGUGAAGGCCUCAUUGAUCUGCGAUGGUCGCCGGCUGAAGAAGAGGAAGACAUCCAUUAAGAAGAACACGCUGAAUCCAACCUACAACGAGGCACUGGUGUUCGACAUUCCCAACGAGAACAUCGAGAGCGUGUCCAUCGUCAUCGCCGUGAUGGACUACGACUGCAUCGGUCAUAACGAGGUGAUAGGAAUGUGCCGCGUGGGCAGCGAUGCUGACGGCCCGGGGAGGGAGCACUGGACCGCCAUGUUGGCUAAUCCACGCAAGCCAAUAGAGCACUGGCAUCAGCUGGUGGAGGAAAAAGCAAUUGGUACGUUUGUGUCGACGAAGGGCGAAGCGUCACCCUCCUCCAAGCCACACAUCGUGGUGGAUAGUCCUCACUCCGAUUAAACGGGUCCACAACCGUCUCUCCACCUCCAGACGUUUCCUUUUUCUCUCCUCUCAUCUGUGAAUACACCUCUUUUUCCAUCAAAGAGAAACUCGGAGAUACACUCGAAGUUGUUGUGCUUCCGCUCAAUCCGUCGACAAAAAUAAACAAACCAAAACAAAACGAAAAAAAAAAAAUCAAACGACGACCACGCAGCAGCGGAGACAACCACACCAACACACAGUCAGUUUGCUGUCUAGGCGUAGUUGAUAUGUAGUAUUUGCUCUAGGCGGCGUUUGCUGUGAUAAACUCUUAAAAAAAAAAAAAAAAAAAAAUACAUUUCAAAAAUUAAGCCAUCCUCAAGGGGGGUCACCUGGAGCGGGACCAAAUCUCUUGUAUAAACUCUCAGAGAAGAAGAUUGACCGUAUCAUACAAGGUAGCGGCACCUGCUGGAUUCACUGGGCCUUGCAGGCCUUUGAUGCACCCGAGCCCAGGAGGAAGGAAGACCAACGUGGUCUUCAUUGAUGUCAAAGGAGCCAGGACAGGACUGACUGUAGCCUGAGCACGUUACCUUGUGUCCGUCUUCUUCACGCAUCCGGUCGUCAUCAUGGCUUCUUCUUUUAACAUUCUCGGGACGGAGCAAUGUCAAGUUUGGUACCAGGAAUGCGAGGAACGCCAAAAAACACUGUCCGACUUUUCCCUGGCGGA